AUAACAACGAUGACGACGAUGAUAAUAUCCUUGACGAUUCAAAAAAUAAUGGUGGUGGAAAGAUCAAUUUAGAUGAUCGGGUGGAUGCAAAUGAACCAGUUACAAGCAAUUUUUUUAUUAAUGACCUUGAUAAGGAUUUGCCACCAUUACCAAAUCAUAAUUCAUCACAAUCAAAAAGUUUCAGUGAUUCUAAUAUCACAUCAACUAUACCUUUACGACCAUUAUCGCCAUCAUUAACAUUACCGAUGGAACAAUAUUCUAAUUUUGCCAUGCAUCAACAAAAUCCAUCAGAGCCAUCUAUAUAUCUUGAAUCUCAACAACUACAAUUUUUAAAUAAUAACUUUUCACACACACAAGAUCCUUCAACACAAUCUUCAUAUAUUCAAACACGUAGUGCCACGCCACAAGUUUUGACUGAUAGAUCAAUUAGUGCAAUGACACAAAUGACACCAACAUCACCUCAA